UUAAAUGUCUCUCCACCAAGCCACAACAAGAGUGAUCACUCAAAUCAAGCCGCAUUUGUGGAUCUUGAAUUAAUCUUUGAAUUGAAUCUCCUAUAUUUAUUUAUCAUCAUCAUCAUAAGUACUUCUUCUUCAUCAUCUUCAUCUUCUCUUACAAGAGUUAGUUAUGUCCAAGAUGAUGGAGCUGCAAAAAUCCCUCCUAAUAAAAGAAGAUGACAAGUUCUUCAACAGGCUAAUGUCCAAAGAAUUAAUGGCCUCAUCAUCAUCGUCCAACAUUUCUUCUCAUCAUUACUAUGUUGGAGCUUCAGGUGCUGUUCCAUUCAUGUGGGAGUCUCAACCUGGAACACCAAAACAUGUCAUCUUCUCUGAUAUUUCUUCUUCUUCUUCUUCUCUAAUUCCUCCUCUAACACCUCCUCCUUCUCACAACAACAAAUCAUCAAUGCAAAUGGUGAACAACAAGAACAACAGAAAGUCAAAGACCAGAUGUUUUACCAAUAUUUUCCUGUCUUGGAAAAAUAUUAUGUUCUCACCUUCUUCUCCAUUGUCUUAUGCAUCACCAUCAUCUGAUUCUUCUCUAUCUUCUUCAAGGUCUUCAAGUUUUAUCAAGUCCAAGAAUCAUCGCCGUCGUUGUCAGUAUCAAUGUUUUUCAUUAAGAUCAGGUGAUCAUGUUCAUGACUGUGAUGAUUAUGAGGAGGAUGAUCAUGAACAAGCAGGUGAUGCUUCUGGGUUGUCACCAGAUUCGCCAUUGUGUAAUGGUGUCAUCAACAAAUGCAAGAAGAAGAUUGUUAUGAAAGGCUAUUGCCGUUAUGGGAGUGUCAAGAGUGCAUUGUUAUCUAUUGCAGGACGCAGAUCAGCCUAAUUAA